UCAAAACGUGCAUGCAUUCCCCCCUUCCCCUUCCCUUUUAUCAAAUCAAAUUAAAAGAAAAGUCGUCCUCUUCCACGAGCCAAGAAGACCGGGUCUUGUGAGAAGGCAUAAGCUAGUUUCUUUAAGAGAAGUGCUGGUGCAUGUUUGCUUGUUUGAUUUGGAUCAAAAGUUUGGAUUGAAUUGGAUUGUUAAGUGGUAAGAAAGAAGAAGAGAAAGAAAAUGAGUGAAGGUAGCAAAAAUGGAUUAUCAGCUAUGGAAUCAGAGAAACGUCCUACUCCGCGAUUGAACGAGAGGAUCCUUUCUUCCUUGUCGAGGAGAUCGGUAGCCGCGCACCCAUGGCAUGAUCUCGAUAUAGGACCUGGGGCUCCCUCGGUUGUCAAUUGCGUUGUGGAGAUAGGAAAAGGAAGCAAGGUCAAGUACGAGCUGGACAAGAAAACUGGGCUCAUUAAGGUUGAUCGUAUAUUGUAUUCUUCGGUGGUUUAUCCUCACAACUACGGUUUCAUCCCUCGAACACUUUGUGAAGACAAUGACCCUAUGGAUGUCUUGGUUCUAAUGCAGGAACCAGUUCUUCCAGGUUGCUUUCUUCGAGCUCGAGCUAUAGGACUAAUGCCCAUGAUUGACCAGGGUGAGAAGGAUGAUAAGAUAAUUGCAGUGUGUGCGGAUGAUCCAGAAUAUCGACACUACACUGACAUCAAAGAACUCCCUCCUCACCGUCUACAAGAGAUUAGGCGAUUCUUUGAAGACUACAAGAAGAACGAGAACAAGGAAGUUGCAGUGAAUGACUUUCUCCCUUCCACAGCUGCAUAUGAAGCCAUCCAAUACUCCAUGAAUCUUUAUGCAACCUACAUCUUGCAAAGCUUGAGACGUUAAUGGACACUACGAUUGGAUAUCUAUCGAUUAUCAAAAGCUAAUAUAUAAUAAUUCGUAUUCUUUACUUCAUAAAAUCACUUGGACUGUAUAUUCCUUUGAUGUGCCAAUAGUUGAAUAAAUCCAUCGAGCUAUUGCUUUUUCGUUUUUUAUUUAUUUCAAAUUUGUCUCUUGAUCUUUGCUCUACAGUACAUUUGUGGAGUUGUAUUUCUUGUUUGGCGAAAUUCAUGGACCUCUAUCCUUGAAAGAGGUUGAGAUUUUUUAUUUGCUUUGCCAUGUACAAGUCGUUUUGGCUCAUCAAUUCAGUACUUCGAACCAGAUAGUUCUGGCAAAUAUAUAUGGCCACAAAAACAACUAUUUUUGUUGGGCCUUGGGCUA